UUGUUGUUGGCAGAAAUACAGCUUCAUGAGAAUUUUCACAAAAGUGCAGACUGCCCAAUUUAAGAUGAGGAGGGACAAUAUUAUGCUGGAUGAAGGGAUGCUGCAGUCGCUGAUGGAGCUUCCAGAGAAGUACAAUUAUGGCCCGUACGCCAAGUUCAUCAACGACUACGGCACCCAUUACAUAACGUCUGGAUCAAUGGGUGGCAUUUAUGAGUAUUUCCUGGUGCUUAACAAAGAAAAAAUGGAACAAAAGCGUGUUACCUAUGAAGACAUCAAGAAGUGCUUUGGAGGGUCUUUGGGCUUAUCUUAUACCUUUUCGGAGAGCUUAGAGAUUGGAGGAGGUUUAUCAGGGGAAGAUUGUAGAAAAAUGGGAGGUGGCCACGCUGAUACUGACGAAGAUAACAGGCUUGUGCAAGACAUCAUUGCUCAGGUGCGAGGUGGCAAUACUGGCUGGGGUACUGGCUUGGCACACAACACGAGCUUCAUUUCGUACCGUUCCUGGGGGCGGUCGUUAAAGUAUAAUCCUGCUGUUAUUGAUUUUGAGACACAGCCUAUUCAUGAGCUGCUGCGGCACGUGAACCUGGAAACCCUGGAGGCCAAACGCCAGAACCUGAAGCGGGCCCUGGAUCAGUACCUGAUGGAAUUCAAUGCCUGCCGCUGCGGGCCCUGCUUCAACAACGGGGUGCCCAUCCUUGAGGGCACCAGCUGCAAAUGCCAGUGUCCUAUGGGUCGCAAGGGCCUUGCCUGUGAGCAAAUUGAGCAACAAGGAGCCAAGGCCGAGGGUCGCUGGAGCUGCUGGAGCACUUGGUCUGCUUGCUCGGCAGGCACUCAGGAAAGGAGGAGAGAGUGCAAUAAUCCUCCCCCCAAGAAUGGAGGCCGCUCGUGUCCAGGGCGGAACGUGCAGACCCAAGCUUGCUGAGGGCCUCUGGGCACAGGAUGGGACACAUGCAACAGAUGUCACCACCUGCACUGACCACUGGAUAAUGACUUCUUGCAGCUGAGAGUAAAUACCAAUCAACAUGGACUUUUCCCUGCUGGCUCCCAGGUCUGGGACCAGGCUGGGCCAUCUACAACCA